AUAGCUGAUUAAACAGAAAAAUGGCGACUGAAGGGUGUAAAAGAGUUGUUUCUACUUUGUUUCAGCAGGGUGUGCUUGUCAAGAUGAAUAACUUUAGAACCGUUGUUAGUAUUUCCCUGCUUUUAGGACUUUCUUCCGUCUCCUUAGUCCAUGCCGAUAUUACGGACGGCAACAAUGAGCAUUUAAAGCGGGAACAUUCGCUCAUGAAACCAUAUCAGGGUGUGGGAACAGGUUCUUCAAGCCAGUGGGACUUUUGGGGAAGUACAUUAUUGACCAGCCAGUAUAUUCGUUUGACACCUGACGAACGCAGCAAGCAGGGUUCAAUCUGGAAUACAGUGCCUUGUUUUCUCAAAGACUGGGAGAUGCACGUUCAGUUCAAAGUGCAUGGGUCAGGGAAGAAGAAUCUACAUGGAGAUGGCAUUGCCAUUUGGUACACAAGAGAAAGACUGCAACCUGGGCCUGUUUUUGGAAACCAAGACCACUUUGUUGGCCUGGCCAUUUUUGUGGAUACCUUCCGUAAUGAUCUCCAUGGAAUGGACCGUUCUUUCCCCUACAUCUCAGCCAUGAUAAACAACGGCACCUUGUCGUAUGAUCACAGCAAGGAUGGCCGCUUGACAGAACUGGGGGGCUGCUCGGGAGAGAUCAGGAACAAAGACCACGAUACUUACAUGGCCAUUCGCUACUCCAAGGGCAGGCUUACGGUUAUGGUCGAUGUCGAUGACAAGAAUGAAUGGAAGGAAUGCUUUGACGUUAGUGGCGUUCGCCUGCCUACGGGAUACUACUUUGGGGCCUCUUCUGCCACGGGGGAUCUUUCUGAUAACCAUGACAUCAUCUCCAUGAAAAUGUACCAGUUGAUGGUGGAACAUACCCCCGAGGAGGACAAUCUGGACUGGACAAAAAUCGAGCCCAGCGUCAGCCUGCUGAAGUCUCCCAAAGACAACAUCGAUGAUCCCACGGGUAAUUUCCGCAGCUCUCCUCUCACCGGCUGGAAGGUUUUCCUGCUUCUGCUCUGUGCCCUUCUGGGCAUUGUGGUCUGUGCUGUGGUAGGAGCUGUGGUCUUCCAAAAGAGGCAAGAAAGAAACAAGAGGUUCUACUAGAAGAACGCAUAAGAGACACCAAUUGAAGAAAACAAUGUGAAUUUUUUUAAAGAUUGUAUAAAAUCACAAUGUUUAUACUGUUGCUCUGGAGUAAGAGGGUUACUUCUGGUAUUUUCCUAUGUUCUUCAUGCUUUAUAAGUGACCCAUGACUACAACGCAUCCUGGUGACUUGAUUGACGAGGUUGAAGCUGAAUUUUAAAUGGGUUUGGUUUCUUACACUUUCCUUUUUAUGUAUUUGUCUUUCAAGAAAGUUUAGAAUAUAUGAGUUUUAAACUGGAAAUCAUUCAAUCAAGCCCGCCCCCUGAGCAAAUUUGACUUAAAUUUUAACAUGCUAUGUAAAGAAUUGUGAUUUGUUUUACUUUCCAUUUUGAUUUUUUUUUUCUUUUUCUACCCAUGCACUCUGAUUGCACUUGUUUACAGAUGUAUAGAAGGUUGUUGGUUUUGUAGAUUUUUUUUUUUUUUUUCUCCUGCAAAUCGGCUUGUGCUUUGAAUGAAAUCGCUCUGUUUGAACUGAACCCUGAGACAGCGUCUAGGCUGCCUUGAAGCUGUGUUUGAAUGUUAGCCAUGUCUCCACUUUAUUUUACAUUGAGAGUUGUGGGGCUGAGCUUUGCAAAGAGAUUAAAGAAAUUCAUAUGCUGGGGUUCCUAUGGCAGCAGUAUGAAAGCAGCAAUACUUCUUUGUGUGAAGUCUAUUGUGAACUACUCUAUGAAGUGUUACAUUUCACAUAUGAAAUAGAAAUUGACAUGUUGGAUCCAUCUAUGGUUUUAGAGCUUGUGUGCUACAAUAUCAGGUUUAUGGUAUAUGCUUUUUUGGGUGUGCAGGUAGUUGCAGAUAAUGGUGUUACUUGUGUUGCUAUCUGCCUUACCCAUGCAGCUUUCAGUUGGUUUGCUGUGUUGGGGUAAUGCAAUGACAUCCCUCAGUCAGACUAUAGAAUAGACAGCCACUGUAAUGAGGUAGGUAGUGCUGAAUGCUAUCAAGAAAGCGAGUGCUUUUUUAACAUCCUCAUACAGUUGUCCAUGAGCAAAUGAUGUAUGUAAAGCAGUAAGAUGGCCAAACUCACAACUGGUAUAGCAGUUAGUUGAUAGACAUAAUCUUUGAAACCGUAUCAGUAAAUUCACAUAUAACCUUUGUCAGUUAGGGCAAAUCUGCACUUUUGUAUGAGCCUAAUUUCAAUUGAAUACUUCUCUAAUUACAUGGGAGGUGGCAUCCGUCAAAUACAAACGGUGUUUCUGUCAUCAGACAUGGCUGCUAGUACUCCCUAAUGCUUGUUUUUUUCACAAGGCCUUUUAAAAUACAAUAAUUAAAUAUAGCCCCCUAAAUUUACAAAAAGUACAAAAUAUGUGCACAAUGUUCAUGUACAGCCUCAGAGAAUAUGGCUGCAGAAUAUUGUCUAUUCAGCUGUGUGUUCAGUUCGAUUUUGUACCAGGGAAUGAAUGCAGACCUGUGUUACAUACUGCUCUUCAGUGAAUAAUAAAAAAUAUACAAUAUUG